AUGGCGUAUGAUAGAGGAUCAAUGAAAAAUAGGCAGGUUGUAUUCACUGAAUCCAUUCAACCAUACAAAGAGCUACGUAACAGAGUAUUCAGUGAUAGACUGUUUGAGCGGCAGUUCAAAAUAGGGUUUUCAAGUGAAGAGAUAAAAAAUGCCUAUGAAAAAUUACUGGAACAUCGCUGUAAAAUUUGUGAUAAAAAUCCACCUUUCCGCACUUUUACUUUACUGAGUGACCAUGUAAGGCGGGUGCAUGAGCGAUAUUUUUGUGACCUUUGUGUUAAACAUUUGAAGAUAUUCACAAGUGAAAGGAGAUGUUACACACGCCAAGAGCUGGCACAUCAUCGACGGAAAGGAGACUUAGAUGACACAUCGCACAGGGGCCACCCGCUCUGCGAGUUUUGCGAGGAGCGGUUCAUGGACGCCGACGAGUUGUACCGGCACCUGCGCAAGGAGCACCUCUACUGCCACCUGUGCGACGCCGACGGGAGGAACCUCUACUACGCGUCCCACUCCGCGCUCGCGCAGCACUUCCGCUCCGACCACUACCUCUGCGAGGAGGGAGAGUGCGCCAACGAGCACCUCACCGCGGUAUUCCGCAGCGAGAUCGACCUGAAGGCGCACAAGGCGACGGUGCACGGCCGCGGUCUGAACCGAGGCGCCGCGCGACAGGCCAGAACCCUGGAGCUGCAGUUCAACAUCACGCCGCAUGCGGUCGUGCAGAGGGCGCCUAGGGAUAGGGCGGAGCCCCCGCCAGCUAGCGCUCCGCCCCCAGCGCCGCACAUAGACACGCGGAGCGACGAGCAAUUUCCUCGCCUCUCCACAGCGCAACCAGCGCCCAACCUUAUGAUGGCGGCAAGCAAGGCUUACAAAGGUGCCGGCGGCGGUCUGACUCGCAACGACAAGAACUUCCCCGCUCUGGAGGGAGGGGCGGGCUCUUCGCGCGGCGCCCCUGCCCCCGCCCCCGCGCCCCGCCCCGCUCAGCCCGUAGCCGCGACUCUGCUAAGGAACUCGAAGCCGAGCGUCUCCAUACAGCUGCACAGCCAGCCGGCGAGCGCGAGCAACUUCCGUCUGACGCAGACCAGCGCCAACCGCAUAUCAAUACCGGCGCAGAAGAAGCAGUCGCCUCUGAGCGACGACGACUUCCCCUCACUGGGCCUCGGCCGGGACGACCACCCGAGCAUCGGCGCCGGAACAACGCAGCCGCCGAAGGUCGCGAUGAUCAAUAGCGAGGAAAUGCAGGCGUUUAAAAACAGCAACACCCACCACCAGCCGAAGAAGUCUAGCUUCAAUACCGAGGCCUUCCCCGCGCUGACUUCGGCAUCGGCCCCGGCGGCCCCGCCCAAAUGGAUCAACGUCUCCAAGUCGAAGGACAAACCGAAACACCGCUCGGAACAGCCGGCGCCUGCACCGAAAGAGCCUUCUUUCAACCAAGUCGCCGACUUCCCAACGCUGCCCGUCAAUACGGCCAAAGCGAAAGCGAAAAAGAGCCCGCCGCAACCGGCGCCCAUCGCCACCGUUCCCCACGAGAACGCGAAGAGCAAGAAGGAGAAGAAGAAGCAGAACAACAACAACAACUCCAAGAAGGAGAACGUGUUCGAUGCGGAAUUGGUGAACGGCCUCGGCGACAACAAGAAUUGGGAGCUGUCGUACAUCAACCCGAGCGUGAACAGCAACAACGAGAGCGCCGCGGGGGACAGGAAGAUAAAGACCGUCGCCGAGCGAGCGCCCGCCGCCGCCCAGAACGCCCACAACGCCCAGACGAACCGCAGCGGCCAGAGCUUCACCCUCGCCAUGAAGGAGUACCCGCCGCUCGCGCCGCGCAACGACAACCGCAUCCCGAUCAGGGGCGUACCGAACGGCAACGCGCCGCCCGGCUUCAGUCCCCGCGCGCCCAAGUGCGACGGCAUGACCUUCAUAAACUCGGCCGGCCAAGCGUUCUCGGCGCCCGUGCACACGUACAUAUCGCCGCCCGACUUCGAGCGGCGCAACCACGCGCUGGUGAGCAAGUUCGCCGUGGCCCUCGGCAGCGCCGAAGCGCUGCAGAGCUUCAAGGUGGCGUCGCGCGCGUUCCGCGACGGCGUCAUAAGCGCCGACGAGUUCUACAGGCACUGCCAGUCCGCGCUCGGCGCUCAUCUGGACCACGUGUUCCCGGACCUGGUCGCCCUGCUGCCGGACAUCGCCAAGCAGCAGGAGCUCAUGGUGGGCAGGAGCGUCGGCGAUCGGCUGCACGUGUGCGCGACAUGCGGCCAACUGCUGGCGAUCGCGGAUCGUGUUGCCCACGAGACCGCACACUGGCCCCCCCUGGCGCCCCGC